UUUUAGUCUCGUCACGCAUCACCGUCUCGUUGUUAUUCGUGGUAUUUUCUGUGCACAAUCCACGACUUUUAUUCCGGUCAACGAUGUCUAGCUAGGUUUCUGUGUAAACCUAGAGAAGCGCUUCGGCGUUUGUGGCCCAUCUUGCGUUGUGGCGGCUGCGGUCAUCCUGUUGGUCAUCAUAAAAAGCAGCGCGAGGUCGGCCGACCAAAGCGGCAAGUCGUGAAAGUGGGCGAGAUGGACCCGCAAAAGAUCGUUAAAGAAGAGCUGUCCGAUGACGAGCUCGUCGAUUUUGGUAUACAGUUGGCUCAGCUUGCGAGUGUUGCUAAAAGCAACAGUAGGAAAGUAUAUCACCUCCAUUUCGCUAAGGACUUCCUUAUGGAAGCACUGGAGAGGCAACAAGGAGCUGUUGUUGCUGGAGGUGGUGGUCGUGGCUCAGUUAAUGAGAGCUGCGAAGUAGAAGGCAUUGUUGAUCUGGAUGCGAGCAUUGAUGCUUCGGAUAGUCUACGAGCACAUUUAGCGGCAGUUCUUGUUACCUUGGGGGAAGACCCUAAAGUCGUGAGGGAGAAGUUGGGUCCAUGCGAAGUGGAGGAGGAGAAGGAGCUGAUAAAGGAAGAGGAGGGCAUGCCCGAGGUUGGGGUCGCCACGGAUAACGGUGAGGUUAGCGUAGGGGCGAACACCUCAGCCGCAGCAGUUCGGGAAUAUAUAGCUUUUGAUUCUCCUCACAAGCCGACCCCAAUAACGGAGAAUAAGCGUUCUUGCAUAUCGAGAGAAGCUAUCAAAGUCCUGCCACCACGGUCACCUGUUAUCAAAGUCUCAGUUUCUGAGCGAUGUAGGAAGGGCCCUAAGGAGAGGCAACGUGUGGAGAGUGUCGAGGUUUUGGAUUCGGGAGAUCGCAGUGCGUUCCUGGAGCCGACCACACAUUCACUGCAGCGUACGAUGCUUUCGAGCAGUCGGAGUUAUAUUCCCCUUGGGGGGUUGUCUAUUGAGGAGGAGGAAGACGAUGACUUUGGGGUCGGCUGUUAUAUGAAGUUGGACGCUGCUGCUGCUGAGAAUAAGGGCGGGUCGUCGAUGAUGUGGAGCUCGCCCCCGUCAGAGGUAGUCGACCGGGGUAAGGACAUGCCCCACGGGGCGUUGAUCCUCUCGGUCAUGCCCCCAGAGGUUCAUGAUGAUGAGGGCCAACACGUACGACUG